AUGGCAGUACGCUUAGGGAGUGUGGCGGUGCGCGUAGAGAGUGUGGCGGUGCGCUUAGGGAGUGUUGCGGUGCUCGUAGAGAGUAUGCGGGGCGCUUUAAGAGUAGAGAGUGGGGCGGUGCACGUGAGAGUGUGGCAGUGCGCUCUAAGAGUGGGGCGGUUCGCUUGGGAGUGGGUUGGUCCGCUUAAGAAUGCGGUGAUGCGCAGAGAGACUACAGGGGUGCGCUUAGAGAGUGGGCCGGUGCGCUCUAAGACUGUUGCGGUGCGCUUAGAGAGUAUUGCGGUGCGCUUAGAGAGUGUGGUGGUGUACAUAGAGAGUGUGGCGGUGCGCUUAGAGAGUGUGGCGGUGCACUUAGAGAGUGUGGUAGUGCACAUAGAGAGUGUGGCGGUGCGCUUAGAGAGUAGAGUAGCAGUGUGCUUAGAGAGUGUGGCGGUGCGCUUCGAGAGUGUGGCGGUGCGCUUAGAGAGUGUGGCAGUGUUCUUAGAGAGUAUGGCAGUGCGCUUAGGGAGUGUGGCGGUGCGCGUAGAGAGUGUGGCGGUGCGCUUAGGGAGUGUUGCGAUGCGUGUAGAGAGUGUGGCGGUGCGCUUAGGGAGUGCUGCGGUGCGCUUAGAGAGUCCUGCGGUGCACUUAGAGAGUGGGGCUGUGCGCAGUGUGGCGGUGCGCUUAAAGAGUGUGGCGGUGCCCUUAGAGAGUGUGGCGGUGCGCUUAGAGAGUGUGGCGGUGCACUUAGAGAGUGUGGCGGUGCACUUAAAGAGUGUGGCGGUGCGCUUAGAGAGUGUGGCGGUGCGCUUAGAGAGUAUGGCGGUGCGCUUAGAGUGUGUGGCGGUGCUCUUAAAGAGUGUGGCGGUGAGCUUAGAGAGUAUGGCGGUGCGCUUAGAGAGUGUGGCAGUGCUCUUAGAGAGUGUGGCGGUGGUCUUAGGGAGAGUUUGGGUGCGCUUAGAGAGUGUGGCGGUGUGCUUCGAGAGUGUGGCGGUGCGCUUAGGGAGUGUGGCUGUGCGCUUAGAGUGUGGCGUACGCUUAGGGAGUGUGGCGGUGCGCGUAGAGAGUGUGGCGGUGCGCUUAGGGAGUGUUGCGGUGCUCGUAGAGAGUAUGCGGGGCGCUUUAAGAGUAGAGAGUGGGGCGGUGCACGUGAGAGUGUGGCAGUGCGCUCUAAGAGUGGGGCGGUUCGCUUGGGAGUGGGGUGGUCCGCUUAAGAAUGCGGUGAUGCGCAGAGAGACUACAGGGGUGCGCUUAGAGAGUGGGCCGGUGCGCUCUAAGACUGUUGCGGUGCGCUUAGAGAGUAUUGCGGUGCGCUUAGAGAGUGUGGUGGUGCACAUAGAGAGUGUGGCGGUGCGCUUAGAGAGUGUGACGAUGCACUUAGAGAGUGUGGUAGUGCACAUAGAGAGUGUGGCGGUGCGCUUAGAGAGUGUGGCGGUGCACUUAGAGAGUGUGUGCUUAGAGAGUGUGGCGGUGCGCUUCGAGAGUGUGGCGGUGCGCUUAGAGAGUGUGGCAGUGUUCUUAGAGAGUAUGGCAGUGCGCUUAGGGAGUGUGGCGGUGCGCGUAGAGAGUGUGGCGGUGCGCUUAGGGAGUGUUGCGAUGCGUGUAGAGAGUGUGGCGGUGCGCUUAGGGAGUGCUGCGGUGCGCUUAGAGAGUGCUGCGGUGCACUUAGAGAGUGGGGCUAGUGUGGCGGUGCGCUUAAAGAGUGUGGCGGUGUGCUUAGAGAGUGUGGCGGUGCGCUUAGAGAGUGUGGCGGUGCACUUAGAGAGUGUGGCGGUGCACUUAAAGAGUGUGGCGGUGCGCUUAGAGAGUAUGGCGGUGCGCUUAGAGUGUGUGGCGGUGCUCUUAAAGAGUGUGGCGGUGAGCUUAGAGAGUAUGGCGGUGCGCUUAGAGAGUGUGGCAGUGCUCUUAGAGAGUGUGGCGGUGGUCUUAGGGAGAGUUUGGGUGCGCUUAGAGAGUGUGGCCGUGUGCUUCGAGAGUGUGGCGGUGCGCUUAGGGAGUGUAGCUGUGCGCUUAGAGUGUGGCGUGGGGCGGUCCGCUUGGGAGUGGGGUGGUCUGCUUAAGAAUGCAGUGGUGCGCAGAGAGACUACAGGGGUCCGCUUAGAGAGUGGGGCGGUGCUCUUCAAGACUGUUGCGGUGCGCUUGGAGAGUAUUGUGGUGCACUUAGAGAGUGUGGUGGUGCACAUAGAGAGUGUGGCAGUGCCCUUAGAGAGUGUGGCAGUACACUUAAAGACACGCCGCCACAUUCUCCCGCAUUCCAUCACCCUGCCCGAUUCUCCCGCUUUCGAUCACCCCGCCCCAUUCUCCCGCAUUCCAUCACCCCGCCCAUUCUCCCGCUUUCUAUCACCCCGUCCCAUUCUCCCUCUUUCCAUCAUUCUGCACCAUUCUCUCACUUUCCAUCAACCCGCCCCAUUCUCCCGCCUUCCAUCACCCCGCCCUAUUCUCCCUCUUUCCAUCACCCCGCCCCAUUCUCCCUCUUUCCAGCACCCCGCCCCAUUCUCCCUCUUUCCAUCACCCCGCCCCAUUCUCCCGCUUUCCAUCACCCCGCCCUAUUCUCCUUCUUUCCAUCACCCCGCCCCAUUGUCCCUCUUUCCAUCUCCCCGCCCCAUUCUCCCUCUUUCCAUAACCCCUCCCCAUUCUCCCGCUUGCCAUCACCCUGCACCUUUCUCGCCCCAUUCUCCCACUUUCCAGCACCCCGCCCCAUUCCCCGCUUUCCAUCAGCCUGCCCCAUUCUCCCGCUUUCCAGCACCCCGCCCCAUUCUCCCGCUUUCCAUCACCCUGCCUGAUUCUCCCGCUUUCCAUCACCCCGCCCCAUUCUCCCGCAUUCCAUCACCCCGCCCGAUUCUCCCGCUUUCCAUCAACCCAUCCCAUUCUCCCUCUUUCCAUCAUUCCGCCCCAUUCUCUUGCUUUCCACCACCUGCCCCAUUCUCCCGCUUUCCAUCACCCCGCCCCAUUCUCCCUCUUUCCAUCACCCCGCCCCUUUCUCCCUCUUUCCGUCACCCCACCCCAUUCUCCCUCUUUCCAUCACCCCGCUCCAUUUUUCCGCUUUCCAUCACCCCGCCCUAUUCUCCUUCUUUCCAUCACCCCACCCCAUUCUCCCGCUUUCCAUCACCGCGCCCCAUUCUCCCGCUUUCCAGCACCCUGCCCCAUUCUCCCGCUUUCCAUCACCCCGCCCCAUUCUCCCGCUUUCCAGCACCCAGCCCCUUUUUCCCACUUUCCAUCACCCCGCCCGAUUCUCCCGCUUUCCACCACCCCUCCAAAUUCUCCCGUUUUCCAUCACCCCGCCCCAUUCUCCCAUUUUCCAUCACCCCGCCCCGUUCUCCCGCUUUCCAUCACCCCGCCCCAUUCUCCCGCUUUCCAUCACCCCGCCCGAUUCUCCCGUUUUCCAUCACCCCGCCUCAUUCUCCCGCUUUCCAUCACCCCGCCCCAUUCUCCCUCUUUCCAUCACCCCACCCCAUUCUCCCGCUUUCCAUCACCCGCCCCAUUCUCCCGCUUUCCAUCACCCCGCCCCAUUCUCCUGCUUUCCAUCAUCCCGCCUUAUUCUCUCUCUUUCCAUCACCCCGCCCCAUUCUCCCUCUUUCCAUCACCCGCCCCAUUCUCCCUCUUUCCAUCCCCCCCGCCCCAUUCUCCCGCUUUCCAUCACCCCGCCCCAUGCUCCCGCUUUCCAUCACCCCGCCCCAUUCUCCCGAGUUCCAUCACCCCGCCCCAUUCUCCCGCUUUCCAUCACCCCGCCCCAUUCUCCCUCCUUCCAUCACCCCGUCCCAUUCUCCCGCUUUCCAUCACCCUGCCCCAUUCUUCCGCUUUCCAUCACCCCGCCCAUUCUUUCGCUUUCCAUCACCCUGCCCCAUUCCCCCGCUUUCCAUCACCCCGCCCCAUUCUCCCGCUUUCCAUCAUUCCGCCCCAUUCUCUCUCCUUCCAUCACCCCGCCCCAUUCUUCCGCUUUCCAUCACCCCGCCCCAUUCCCCCGCUUUCCAUCAACCCGCCCCACUCUCCCUCCUUCCAUCACCCCGCACCAUUCUCCCGCUUUCCAUCACCCCAUCCCAUUCUCCGGCAUUCCAUCACCCCGCCCCAUUCUCCCGCUUUCCAUCACCCCGCCCCAUUCUCCAGCUUUCUAUCGCCCUGCACCAUUCUCCCGCUUUGCAUCACCCCGCCCCAUUCUCCUGCUUUCCAUCACCCCGCCCCAUUCUUCGCUUUCCAUCACCCCGCCCCAUUCUCCCUCCUUCCAUCAACCCGCCCCAUUCUCCCUCCUUCCAUCACUCCGCCCCAUUCUCCCGCUUUCCAUCACCCCGCCCCAUUCUCCCUCCUUCCAUCAAUUCGCCCCAUUUUCCCUCCUUCAAUCACCCAGCCCCAUUUUCCCUCCUUUCCAUCACCCCGCCCCAUUCUCUCGCUUUCCCUCACCCUGCCCUAUUCUCCCUCUUUCCAUCACCCCACACCAAACUCCUGCUUUCCAUCACCCCACUCUAUUCUCCCCCUUUCCAUCACCCCGCCCCAUUCUCCCGCUUUCCAUCACCCCGCCUCAUUCUCCCGCUUUCCAUCAUCCCACCCCAUUCUCCCGCAUUCCAUCACCCCACCCCAUUCUCCCACUUUCAAUCACCCCGCCCAAUUCUCCCGCUUUCCAUCACCUCGCCCCAUUCUCCCGCUUUCCAUCACCUCGCCCCAUUCUCCCACUUUCCAUCACCCCGCACCAUUCUCCCGCUUUCCAUCACCCCAUCCCAUUCUCCGGCAUUCCAUAACCCCGCCCCAUUCUCCCGCUUUCUAUCACCCUGGACCAUUCUCCUGCUUUCCAUCACCCCACCCCAUUCUCCUGCUUUCCAUCACCCUGCCCCAUUCUCCCGCUUUCCAUCACCCCGCCCCAUUCUCCUGCUUUCCAUCACCCCGCCCCAUUCUCCCUCCUUCCGUCACCCUGCCCCAUUCUCCCGCUUUCCAUCAACCCGCCCCAUUCUCCCACUUUCCAUCAACCCGCCCCAUUCUCCCGCUUUCCAUCACCCCGCCCCUUUCUCCCGCUAUCCAUCACCCCGCCCCAUUCUCCCGCUUUCCAUCACCCUGCCCCAUUCUCCCGCUUUCCAUCAUCCCGCCCCUUUCUCCCUCCUUCCAUCAUCCCGCCUCAUUCUCCCGCUUUCCAUCACCCCGCCCCAUUCUUCCGCUUUCCAUCACCCAGCCCAUUCUUCCGCUUUCCAUCACCCCGUCCAUUCUCCCGCUUUCCAUCAUCCCGCCUCAUUCUCCCGCUUUCCAUCACCCCGCCCCAUUCUCCCGCAUUCCAUCACCCCGCCCCAUUCUCCCGCUUUCCAUCACCCCGCCCUGUUCUCCCGCUUUCCAUCAACCCGACCCAUUCUCCCGCUUUCCAUCAACCCGCCCCAUACUCCCGCUUUCCAUCUCCCCGCCCCAUUCUCCCACUUUCCAUCACCCCGCACCAUUCUCCCUCCUUCCAUCACCCCGCCCCAUUUUCCCUCCUUCCAUCACCUCGCCCCAUUCUCCCUCCUUCCAUCACCCUGCCCCAUUCUCCCGCUUUCCAUCAACCCGCCCCAUUCUUCCGCUUUCCAUCACCCCGCCCAUUCUUCCGAUUUCCAUCACCCCGCCCCAUCUCCCGCUUUCCAUCAUUCCGCCCCAUUCUCCCUCCUUCCAUCACCCCGCCCCAUUCUCCCGCUUUCCAUCACCCUGCCCCAUUCUCCCUCCUUCCAUCAACCCGCCCCAUUUUCCCUCCUUCAAUCACCCAGCCCCAUUUUCCCUCCUUUCCAUCACCCCGCCCAAUUCUCUCGCUUUCCAUCACCGUGCCCCAUUCUCCCUCUUUCCAUCACCCCGCCCCAAACUCCUGCUUUCCAUCACCCCACUCCAUUCUCCCCUUUUCCAUCACCCCGCCCCAUUCUCCCGCUUUCCAUCACCCCGCCUCAUUCUCCCGCUUUCCAUCACCCCGCCCCAUUCUCCUGCUUUCAGUCACCCCAACCCGUUCACCCCUUUCCAUCACCCCGCCCCAUUCUCCCGCUUUCCAUCACCUCGCCCCAUUCUCCCACUUUCCAUCACCCCGCACCAUUCUCCCGCUUUCCAUCACCCCAUCCCAUUCUCCGGCAUUCCAUCACCCCGCCCCAUUCUCCCGCUUUCUAUCACCCUGCACCAUUCUCCCGCUUUCCAUCACCCCGCCCUAUUCUCCCGCUUUCCAUCACCCCGCCCCAUUCUCCCGCUUUCCAUCACCCCGCCCGAUUCUCCUGCUUUCCAUCACCCCGCCCCAUUCUCCUGCUUUCCAUCACCCCACCCCAUUCUCCUGCUUUCCAUCACCCCGCCCCAUUCUCCCUCCUUCCGUCACCCCGCCCCAUUCUCCCGCUUUCCAUCAACCCGCCCCAUUCUCCCGCUUUCCAUCAACCCGCCCCAUUCUCCCGCUUUCCAUCACCCCGCCCCAUUCUCCCGCUUUCCAUCACCCCGCCCCAUUCUCCCGCUUUCCAUCACCCCGCCCCAUUCUCCCGCUUUCCAUCACCCCGCCCAGUUUGA